AUGCACUAUUCUACAACUUUUCUAUCAUAUCCACUCUCAUUCGGCUAUCGUUAUCAUAUACUGGUUCGACCAAUGCCAACAAUCAGACGAUGCAUAAUCAUAUGCUUGGCGCUGUGGCUCAUUGCAUUUGCUCAACACAUUUUAUUCAUAUUUUCUCAAUCUGAUCCUCAACUCAUACGAGCAUACCUCGCGAUUAACAAGCCCGAGUAUAAUCUUACCGAUUUCAUCGUUACCGGCAAUCACACAUGA